GGGAACUUUUCCAUACUAUGACUUUUGUCUAACGCUUCACUGGGGCCAGGCUCCGGGUGUGAAGGGGGCUCUUUUACCGGGAACACACAGAGAGGGGAAACAAAGGGAGAAGUGGACUUCUCGGACAAGAAGAGAAGAUUGAAAGUAUCAGCGUCGUGAAGAUGAGCUUAAUGUCUGCCAUCGACACCAGUGCCUCCGUGUACCAGCCCGCCCAGCUCCUCAACUGGGUCUAUCUGUCCCUGCAGGACCCUCACCACCAGACCAGCGCCUUUGACGCCUUCAGACCCGAACCCAACUCUUCCCACCCGGACCUCAACUACAGCAAGAGUCCGGACUUGAGCUCCUCGCUCAACUCCAACUAUCUCAACAACUUCUUGCAGCUGCAACGCAACGAGGCCUUAAACAACAACGUAUAUAAGAAUGUAUCGCCCUACGGCUCCCUCAACAACAUCGUGGAUGGACUCAACUCCCUGACGGACCACUUCUCAGACCUUACCCUGUCAUCAGAACCAAGGAAGCCCAACAAGAGACCCCCGCCCAACUACUUGUGCCACCUGUGCUUCAACAAGGGCCACUACAUCAAAGACUGCCCUCAGGCUCGUCCUAAAGGGGAAGGCCUGACCCCCUACCAGGGCAAGAAGAGAUGCUUUGGCGAGUACAAGUGUCCCAAGUGUAAGAGGAAGUGGAUGAGCGGCAACUCCUGGGCCAACAUGGGACAAGAAUGUAUCAAGUGCCACAUCAACGUCUACCCACACAAGCAGCGUCCGUUGGAGAAGCCGGACGGUCUGGACGUGUCGGACCAGAGCAAAGAGCACCCCCAGCACCUGUGUGAGAAGUGCAAGGUCCUGGGUUACUACUGCCGCCGUGUGCAAUAAAACGCUUGGAGCUUACGAGUCAUCCUCCCAGC